UAGGCUGCUCUCCACCAAAAGCGUGCGCUGCUGUCGUCAUCACGCAGACGAGUAGGUGGGGGUGACGCAGGUUAGAGCAGCUCUCAAUCCCCUCUCGUGGAUGCUGCGACCGAGCUCUUGCGCGCGCGAGCUGUAGCAGCGGCUCAACCCCUCCUCCUCCUCCACCAAAGAUGUCGCAUGAGCUUCUCUCACCGCAGCGUUUUCUUUUCUUUUUCUCCCUGUAACUUACCACUUCACCAAAUUCAGGCCAAAUUAGCAGCUGCCACAGCCGGGAUCAGCCCUCCGCGUCCAGGCGCACGGACUGUCCCCCCUCCCUCAACCCGGCGCAUCCUCUCUCUCUCUCUCUCUCUCUCUCUCUCUCUCUCUCUCUCUCGCCCUCUCUCUCUCUUCAACCGCCGCAGAACUCCGCCGACCAACCAUCAGGUGACCGCGCGGAGCGGAAUAUUCAUCAGCACCGUCGUCGUCUUUCAUCCCUCCACUCCUUCGGACUCCUGGCAACCGGAGCUACCGCCGCCCCGCUCCCCUCCUGUAUCCUCUCAUCCGGUCUGGGACAUUCUCCGCUCCACGCACACGCAGAUUAACGGGGAUUCUGCCUCCCCGCCCGCGCGCUGAUGCUGAUGUCCUUGAGCUCGGCCUGCACGGUCCUGGUGGUGCACCAGUAGCUACCUCUAAACUGGAUCUGCUUCCUGCCUUGGAUUUAUCAGCUGCCUUCGCCUUGCUCGCCCCUCUCUCUGCCUGUCCGUCAUCUCUUCAUCCCCGUCCGUACGUCUGCCAGCCCGUCCGUCCAUCCAUGGACUGGCCGUGACCCCGGAGGGAGGGGGACAGAAACGAGGAAAGAGUGGAGUCGCACGGGAGAGAAAGGAAAAGAAAGCUGGAUUCAUUCAGACGUCACGCUUCUGAAGUGCUCCUGCUCGCUGUCCUUCAUCCCCCUCACCCUCCUCCCCCACCUCCCUCUGUUAUGGAGGUUUAAAGCAGUGGGAGGUUAGGCCAAGACAGUCUGACACACACACACACACGCAAAAAGCAAGAAAAGAAAAUAAACACACAUAACCAAAGCCCCUUAGUUUCCCUUAUAUUUAAAAAAGGGGUUUGGGUGCAUCAUUUCAGUAACUUGUUUUUAAAGAAAGUCCUUCAGCGCACAUGAGUGACCUGUCACCAGCCAAAAGAAAGAGGAGCUGAGACAACAACGGAGACACAGGAGGACCGAGACAAAGGACAAGACUACCUGACAUGUCAACAACAGCCACGAUGGGGGAAAUGGCAAACAGCGCUGUGGAAUUUUAUCCCAAAGGGACUCGAGGUGGGGGCGGAGGAGGAAGAAGGGCAGAUGGCAGCCAUGCAGGGGGAGACUUUGGGGUCACGGUGAUGGAGCUCAGGGAGCUGAUGGAGCUCCGAGGGGCUGAUGCCCUGCAAAAGAUCCAGGACAGCUACGGAGACACAGAGGGACUCUGCCAGAGACUACAGUCCAGCACCACUGAAGGUCUCAGUGGGGAUCCGGCAGAUUUGGAGCGUCGGCAUCAAGCAUACGGCCACAACUUUAUUCCCCCAAAGAAGCCCAAGACUUUCCUGGAACUUGUGUGGGAGGCUCUACAGGACGUCACCCUCAUCAUCUUGGAGGCGGCUGCCAUCAUUUCGCUUGGCCUCUCCUUCUAUCAGCCUCCUGGAAAAGAGAGUGAAGCGUGUGGGGAAGGUGCGGGCGGAGUAGAGGAUGAAGGGGAAGCUGAUGCUGGCUGGAUCGAGGGUGCCGCCAUCUUGCUGUCGGUUGUGUGUGUCGUCCUGGUGACGGCCUUUAACGACUGGUCCAAAGAAAAGCAGUUCCGGGGUCUGCAGAGUCGGAUCGAGCAGGAGCAGAAGUUCACCGUUGUGCGGAAAGGAAACGUCAUCCAGAUCCCGGUGGCUGACAUGGUGGUGGGGGACAUGGCUCAGGUCAAGUAUGGGGACCUGCUGCCUGCAGAUGGCAUCUUGGUCCAAGGCAACGACCUGAAGAUAGAUGAGAGCUCGCUUACAGGAGAGUCUGACCACGUACGCAAAUCUGUGGAUAAAGAUCCCAUGCUGCUCUCAGGUACCCAUGUGAUGGAGGGCUCGGGCAGGAUGCUGGUGACAGCUGUAGGCGUGAACUCCCAGACGGGCAUCAUCUUCACCCUGCUCGGCGCCGGAGACGUGGAGGAAGACGGGAAAGAGAAGAAAGGAAAACAGCCGGAUGGAGCCGUGGAGAACAAUCAGAACAAAGCCAAGAAGCAGGAUGGGGGUGUUGCCAUGGAGAUGCAACCCCUUAAGAGUGCAGAGGGAGGGGAGGUGGAGGACAGAGAGAAGAAGAAGACCAACGUUCCAAAGAAAGAGAAGAGUGUGUUGCAGGGCAAGCUCACCAAACUGGCUGUUCAGAUUGGCAAAGCAGGUUUGGUGAUGUCGGCCAUAACUGUCAUCAUUCUGGUGCUUUUCUUCGUCAUCAACACAUUUGUAGUUAAAGAUAGCGCGUGGCUGCCGGAGUGCACUCCGAUAUACAUCCAGUAUUUUGUCAAGUUUUUCAUCAUUGGAGUCACUGUGCUGGUGGUGGCCGUCCCGGAGGGUUUACCUCUCGCUGUCACCAUCUCUCUGGCUUAUUCUGUUAAGAAAAUGAUGAAGGACAACAACCUUGUGCGACAUCUGGACGCUUGCGAGACCAUGGGCAACGCCACGGCCAUCUGCUCAGACAAGACCGGCACCCUCACCACCAACCGUAUGACUGUAGUGCAGACUUACGUCGGUGAUGUGCACCACCGCGUGAUCCCCGAUCCUGGACAGAUCAACCCUCGGACUCUGGAUCUGUUGGUGAACGCCAUCGCCAUCAACAGUGCUUACACCUCUAAGAUCUUACCGCCUGAUGUGGAGGGCGGUCUGGCCAAGCAGGUGGGCAACAAAACAGAGUGUGGCCUGCUGGGAUUCAUAUUAGACCUUCAGCGGGACUAUGCCCCUGUGAGAGAGCAGAUCCCUGAGGAGAGACUGUACAAGGUGUAUACAUUCAACUCAGUGCGUAAAUCCAUGAGCACGGUGAUCAAGCUGCCUGACGGUACCUUCCGCCUCUACAGCAAAGGCGCCUCUGAGAUCCUGCUGAAGAAGUGUUCCUACGUCCUGGACGCCAACGGAGAACCACGCAGUUUCCGCCCCCGUGACAGAGAUGAGAUGGUCAAACAGGUGAUUGAGCCAAUGGCUUGCGAGGGGUUGAGGACCAUCUGCAUUGCAUACCGUGAUCUGCAGCCCAAUCCGGAGCCAGAAUGGGACAAUGAGGCUGACAUAGUGACGGAGCUGACCUGCAUCACUGUGGUUGGGAUAGAGGACCCUGUGCGCCCCGAGGUACCUGACGCCAUCCGUAAGUGUCAGCGUGCGGGCAUCACAGUGCGAAUGGUGACCGGUGACAACAUUAACACAGCCAGAGCCAUAGCUACCAAAUGUGGCAUCAUACACCCCGGGGAUGACUUUAUCUGUCUGGAAGGCAAAGAAUUUAACCGACGAAUCAGGAAUGAGAAAGGGGAGAUUGAACAGGAGCGCAUUGAUAAAAUCUGGCCCAAGCUACGUGUGCUGGCCCGAUCUUCACCAACCGACAAGCACACACUGGUUAAAGGCAUCAUUGACAGCAGCGUCAUAGAGCAGAGGCAGGUUGUCGCAGUAACAGGAGACGGGACUAACGAUGGACCAGCUUUGAAGAAGGCCGAUGUGGGCUUUGCCAUGGGUAUUGCAGGGACAGACGUGGCUAAAGAGGCCUCCGACAUCAUCCUGACUGAUGACAACUUCAGCAGCAUCGUCAAAGCGGUGAUGUGGGGACGAAACGUCUACGAUAGCAUCUCCAAGUUCCUGCAGUUCCAGCUCACGGUCAACGUAGUGGCUGUCAUUGUGGCCUUCACCGGGGCCUGCAUCACUCAGGACUCUCCUCUGAAGGCGGUGCAGAUGCUCUGGGUGAAUCUGAUCAUGGACACGUUUGCUUCCCUGGCCUUAGCUACCGAGCCCCCGACCGAGGCCCUCUUGCUACGAAAACCCUACGGCCGGAACAACCCACUCAUCUCACUGACCAUGAUGAAGAACAUCCUGGGCCACGGAGUGUACCAGCUGGUCAUCAUCUUCACUCUGCUGUUCAUAGGCGAGCGCAUGUUUAACAUCGACAGCGGCCGCAACGCGCCGCUCCACUCCCCUCCCUCUGAGCACUACACCAUCAUCUUCAACACCUUCGUCCUCAUGCAGCUUUUCAACGAGAUCAACGCUCGCAAGAUACACGGGGAGAGAAACGUCUUUGAUGGCAUAUUUUCUAAUCCCAUCUUCUGCUCUAUUGUUCUGGGGACCUUCGCUGUGCAGAUCGUGAUUGUGCAGUGGGGAGGGAAGCCCUUCAGCUGUGCCCCUCUCAAUGUGGAGCAGUGGCUCUGGUGUCUGUUCGUAGGAGUUGGAGAGCUUCUCUGGGGGCAGGUGAUCGCCACAGUGCCAACAGAGCGGCUGCCAUGCCUGAAGGAGGCGGGGCUUGGCCUGGAGCCUGGGGAGGAUGAAGGAGAGGAGCUGGCAGAGGAUGAGGAGGAGAUAGACUGUGCUGAAAGAGAGCUGCGCCGCGGGCAGAUCCUCUGGUUCAGAGGUCUCAACCGUAUCCAGACCCAGAUGGAGGUAGUGAGCACGUUCAAGCGAAGCGGUUCGUUUCAGGGAGCCGUGAGACGGCGCUCCUCCGUGCUCAGUCAGCUCCACGACAUGCGAGUGGUGAAAGCAUUCCGUAGUUCGCUGUAUGAGGGCAGGGAGAAACCGGAAUCCCGCAACUCCAUCCACAACUUCAUGGCCCACCCGGAGUUCCUCAUCAACGACCUCAUCCACAACAUCCCGCUGAUUGAUGACACUGACGUAGACGAUGAAUCAGAGCUCAGCAGAUACCAGCACCUACACCCAGCCCUCCGCAAGCCGCCACCUCCUCCCGCCCAGCCCCCAGCCCGCACCCGGCCCACCCGCCCUUACCGCCAGUACAGCCUCCCAGUGACCCCGUGCAACCGAAACAACAACAACAACAGCAGCAGCAGCAGCAGCAUCAACUCAACGAUCACCCACAGCAACAAACACAGCAUCACAGAAGCCGCCCUCAGCAGCACCCAGACCCCCCAUCACAAACACCACCACAACGCUCAUGGUAGAGACAGGCCCGUGAAAGCCUCCACCCCUUACCCGGCCCAUCUCUACUGUGUGGAGACCUCCUUAUAACUGCAGCUGAACAUGGGUCGGGGGGAAGGGGGAUGAAUUCUUGGGGAGGGGGUGGAAAGGGUGAGCACAGGAGAGGGCCGAGGACACGAUGACAUUUCACCCAAACUCCCUCACAACAAGCUCACAUGAGCGAGCGAAAGACGAGGGGGCACACGAGGGAGUGGACAAUGGCUGGAGACUUCUUCUGGCAACUCCCCGAGAACUUUUCCUUCCUUUGCCCUUGUUCCAGCCCUCUCAGUCUGACUCCCCACAUCCACUCCCCCACCCUCACCCCACCCACCUGUCCCUCCUGAGGACCACCACCCACCCUACCCAGCCCCGCCCAACCUCAUGCUCACUUGUCACACACAGGUCUGUUCUUGCUGCGUUGUCCUGAGAUUAGGUUGGGAUGAGGAGGGAAGGGGGGACAGACACCCAGAAAAAACGCACAUCCCUCAAAGCUUCAGCAGCACGGGGCCGUGUGGCUACGGUGGCUGACUCACUCUUUCUAAUGGUGUUCGUUCUCAGUGCUGUCGCCUACCUAGCACUCCGCCCCCACCUAUCUGGCUACAGCCGCUUGGAGGUCACUACUUUGCUUGCGAUAAAAUUGAAUUGCUUUGUCAGAGCUUUAACUAGACUUCACUCAUCUCCAUCUGUGGUACAUUUCUUUUUCUUAACAUAAUGGUGCUCAUUUGUUUCUCUAUUUUACAUCACUUUCUUUCCUUUCUACCUGAUUUUUCUUUCAUUCCUCUCUUUCAGUGUGUUUGUGUGUUUUGUUGGUGUCUUGUCUCUUCUAAUGAAAAAGUAUCAAAAACCUAUCAAAAACAGAAAUUUCAAAUAAAGACGCUGUUCAUUUAAAACUAAUAGUAAAUAGAAUGGCUACAAAAAAUAUAUAUAUGGGAGGGGUCCACAUAUUUAUACAGUAUAUGUAUAUAUAAUUUGAAUGUUUGGGUAGCAACAACACUUCAUCACCGUUCUUUUCCAGCCCAACCUGCCCAUUCCCAAGUCCACAUGACCUGUUUUCUGUAAGACUGCUGGGAGAUGAUACAGUGUGUGGGAUGUAUACACCUAUACAUACAGCACAAACAUCAUUUAAAGCUUCCUGCCAUGUCCAGCUCAUGUAUGGGUCAUUUCUGUGGCUGACACCUGGGGGAACUCGUCCUCUUCCAGUCUUCAUUUUUCUUCUGCUCCAUCGUCUUCUCUCUUGCUGUUCCUCCUUUGCUUACUUCACUUUGUCUUGUCCCUUCCAGUCUUUUGUCAGUGGGUGUAUGCGAGACAGCUUUUUUCUUUUUGGAAAAAAGCAGAAAUCUAGAGAAGCAUUAACCCUUUAAAUGCCAUCAAACACACAAUGCACAGGCGAUGGCCCUUUAAAACUAUGUCAACUCACUUUUGCUCCUGCUCACGUGCUUGUUUCCGCCAUAUAGUCUCCCUGUGGACGAAGAUUGUUCAAUCUGAUCCAUGGAGGGGAGACAAAGUCGCUGUUUCAGUGUUUGAGCAUAUCAGUCUAAUGCCAGUGUUCAGUUUUAUCUUUAGGCCAAAGCUCACUCCGGUCUAUCAGGUACAGCUGAUGAGAGCUCAUGCGUGCAUUUCCCAUCUUGAUGUUGGUAUGGUAUUGUUUGGUAUGUUGUACAGAACCAGUCACCUUAGGAAAUGUGCUUGUAUGUAUUUCCUGCUGAAAGUUUGAUGAGGAGAUUUCUGCUUUCAUUUUUGCUGAUAAAUAGUAGGUCACAGGUCUCCCCAGCCUAUGAGCCCCUCUAAAGCUUCAUAAUUAACCUGU